UAAAUCUUAUCCAUUACUUAGACAAGCAUUGCCUCCUGAGGAUGCCACAUUCCCAUUGGGAAACAACCCCACCUAAUUCAGCUGUCCUUUUUCCUUUCUGCAGACAUGGAAGGAGAGCCUGUGCUGAAGGCAGCAUUUCCCGGAGGAAGCAGUGGCUCCAUGGUAGCCUCUGCUGCAGGAAGGGAGGCGAUGCCAGGCACAGGCCCAGGAGAUUGGGAACGUGACUUCCAUCACUGGGAAAUGCUGUUAAAGAACAGUUUAAGAAUGUUGGAGCUUGGUGAUGCUAACCCGGUUGGUGAAAGUGAUCUGGCUUCCCAACCCACGUUCAAGAUUGAGCCUCUGGGAGAUGCUGAGGUGAUGGACCAAAAGGCAGGGCUGAAGGAGGUGUUUCCCCGAGGAAGCAGUGGCUCAUUGGCAGCCCCUGCAGCAGGGAGGAAGGCGAUGGCAGACACGGGCACAGGCACAGCAGAUGCAGCUGACCCCACAACAGGUGUUCAUGAUGCCCAGAAAGGCCUCGGAAGGGUCUUCUAUAUGGCAACAGGCUGCUGGGCAGGGUUAAUGGCUGGCCUGCUUUUUUUGGACCUUAUUCUCAUGUUGUGCUGUGUCAAAAUCUGGUGUAACUGGAAGAAGAAAUGGAGCACCUCUGGAACUUCCCUAGUCCAGCCAAAUACCUCAGUCAUGGAGAACUUGGCCUGUCAUCGUGCAUCUCCGUGCCAGUGUCCGUUGUCCCUUCCACAGGUGUAUUACCAGCUUGUAGCUGGCAGUAUGCUACAACCACUGCCUAGAACAGAUCCGUCUCUCCCUGAAGGGACUGGCCUAGCUGCCCAUCCAGGACAGGAGGUGCAGCCCUCUAGCCAGGGAAUGGAUUAUUCAAAAAGUUAUAUUUACUUGUAA